AUGAAUAUCAUUACAAGAAAAUAUCAAGUGAUUGAGAGAGGUAAUGAUGUUAAUGAGAAAAUACCAUUUUCAAUAUAUAUUAACGACGAGGAAAUAAAUACAUGGAAACAUAUCUCAAUUAUGAUUUCCACUUACAUUCAUGAUGAAUUUUUGCGCGAUAACUCAGUUAAAUCAGUUAGUAAAAAUUUGCAUCUAUCAUGCAAUAGCACAAUCGACAACAUUUCAGAAUUUUUCAAUACAGGAAUUCUCAGAUUCGAGAAUGAUCAGGUACAUAAUCGAGAUAUAUUCGAAGUUGGCAAAGCAUUUGGUAUCGAAUUUUUGACAAACAUAUUUACUGAGUUUGUUAAGUCAACAUAUAAAGAAAUCAACGAAGAAAACUUUUAUGAUAUAUAUGACUGCGCAACAAUUCAAAACGAUAUAAAUAAGGUUGAAGAAUGCAUUUCAUUCUUUGCAUCAAAAAUGAAUGAUUUUCAAGAGGAAUAUAAAAUCAUAACUAUCAAAAGAUAUGGUUAUGACUUUUUUGAACAUGUUUUGACAUCAAAAUCUCUUAAAAUAUCAAAUGAAGAUUCACUAGUUAAUACAAUCAUAAGAUUGAGUGAAGAAGAUAGUUCAUUCUUUUGCCUUCUUAGUCAUGUCAGAGUUGAAUUUUGCAACAAUAACUCAAUCAAAUCCAUCAAAAAAUUUUCAGUUCAACAUAGUCUAGAAUCUAUCUCAAUAGAAGUUUUCGAACGCGCACUUCUUAAUCGUUCAACAAUUUCUCCAAUUCAUAAUAGACUUCAACUUUCAAAUACAAUAUAUAUGAGUGAUAAAAAUUCUAGAGAAGUAAGAAUUUCUAAUAUCGAAGAAUUCCAUCAAAUUGAUAUUUCAGACGAAAAUAUGAGAAAUUUAAUAGGUUUGAGUAAGACCAAUGAGAAUUUUGAUAAAAUUUAUUCAAUUCUUGAAAAGGCAUCGUAUGAAGGAGAUCUUUCAACAAUCAAAUUUGCAGUAGAAGAAAAAUAUGCUGACGUUAGAAAUGAUAUAAAAAAUAUAAUUCUGGAAGCAGCCUGGCAUAAUAAUUUGCAUCUUGUAAAGCAGUUGUUUAAUUAUGGUGCAGAUAUAUUAAGUAGAUCUAAUUCUAAUAGAACUAUUCUUCAUUAUUUUAGCCAACAAGGAAAUUUAGAAGGUGUUAAAUUUGCUCUCAACUUUUUUGAUAUUAAUGAAAAAAAUGAUCACAAUUAUACACCACUUCAUGAUGCAAUUGAAUUUCCCAAAAGUGAUUGCAUAGCAGUAUGUGAAUAUCUUAGUUCUCAGCCAAAUAUUGAUAAAAAUGCUCGAAACAAAGACAAUAUUACUCCUAUUCAAUGUGCAAUAAAUCACAAUCAAGAAAAUAUUGUUGAAAUUCUUCGCAAAAAUGGAUUUACAGAAUAG